CUACCUACAUCGUAAACAUUCUCUUUAUUCCAUCCACCCACCCACCCAUCCAUCCAUUCAUUCAUUGUUUUGGUGCCCAGGAAUCUUGCUUUGCUCUAAGGAAUAGUAAUAAUAAUUUCAUGCUUCCAUUGGGCAACUCGUUAAUAAAACCGUUCCCAGGUUCGCUACUCUUUUUUAGUUCACAAAUUUCCCCCGGCUACGGCUACGAAAAGCAACGAGGGUCCUAUCCUAUGUGGUGGUGUGUGUGAAUCCAUCAAUUAAUUCUAGGACACUUGCUUGCUACAUCAUUCCCCCCCCCAGUCUCCAAGUGAAUUCAUCUACUACACUCCACUAUCUCCAACUUCCUUUUUAUUCACUCACCAUGAUAUAUUGAGCAGCAUUUGGUACUCCAAAGGCUAUUUUUGCCUCUGUAUAGAGGUUGAAUUGGUUUUAUUGCGACGCGUUUCUCUACCCACUGCUUUCUGGUGGCAGACCUUUCGACAACAUUGUGCGACAUAUCAUAUCUGCGUCCUGAAUUAUUCCUUCACAAAGGCGACAAUUGUGCCCAAUACCUUCAGAAUUCCCCCACUCAAAAUCUCGAGCAUCUCCACAGUAUCGCCAAAAUGGACCAGUGGCAGAAUUAUUCUGAAUCAUCAGGUUCAAGAAGGUACAACGGAAACCCCCCACCAGCCCAUCCCCAAAUGGCUAGAGAUUAUAACGGGAACCCCCAAACCCAACCUCCAGCAGGUUUUACAUACGACCAAUAUCAAGGAGGUCUAGGAUCACAUCCUCAAUCUCUGGCAACUUGUCCUGCUAUUCCUCAGAUGACGGAUGGAAACGGAGAUGUGGCCAUGCAAGACUCUGGAGAUCAAUACAAUAUGAAAUAUCCUAUGCGCCCUCACCAUCAACAACAUCUUUCAGGCAACCAAAGGUUAUCUCACCAAUCGCCGCAAGAACCAUCUGCGGCGGCUCAACGUUAUUCUCCAAUGGAGACUUUAUCGCCAACAUCCCCAUAUGGCGCAACGCAACAGCAAAACUCAAAUCAAUACAUGUCACCACCGGGGGCUGGUAGCAGACAAUCUCCUUCGAAGAAUGCCUCGUAUUCUUCACCAAACGCGUACUAUCCUAAUCGUCAACAAUUGCCUCCCAUUCAGCCGUAUGCUUCGAAUUCUAACAAUGAAUCAUACCCAACUUCCGCGACCCAACAGCUGAAUGCCAUGUUUGGUAAUGAUCAAAAGUCUCCUCGGCGGCCAGUACCUCAGUCGGCGCAAGGUCCACCUGGAAGAGGACCAGUUCCUGAAUUUACCAAGAUUCGUUCUACUUCUGAUUUGCAACCAAAGGUUAAUGCGCAACCGGCGUUUCGCAGGGCUAAUCCAGAGGGCGGGUUCAUAAGUCCCCUUCAAGCUCUCACGAGCCAUCUCCCUUCUACCUAUCGGAUAUGCAAUCCCAGCUUCAAGUACGAAUCCUCGCGGAAUCCCCGCAGAGUGCUCACGAAACCAAGCAAAGGUGUCAAGAAUGAUGGAUUCGAUAACGAAGAUAGCGACUAUAUACUUUAUGUGAAUGACAUUCUCGGAUCUGAGGAAACUACUCAUAAAAACCGCUAUCUCAUACUUGAUGUUCUUGGUCAAGGAACCUUUGGACAAGUUGUCAAGUGUCAGAACCUCAAGACUCAGGAAGUUGUUGCUGUAAAGGUGGUGAAGAAUAGAACUGCAUACUUUAACCAAAGUAUGAUGGAGGUUUCCGUUCUAGACUUGCUCAACACAAAGCUUGAUAAGAACGAUGAUCACCAUCUACUGCGGCUCAAAGACACAUUCAUUCAUCGUCAACAUCUCUGUCUUGUUUUCGAAUUACUCAGUGUGAAUUUGUAUGAAUUGAUCAAGCAGAAUCAGUUCCGAGGCUUGAGCACCACACUUGUGCGAGUUUUUGCCCAACAACUUUUGAACGGUUUGAGCUUGCUGAACAAAGCGCGACUCAUUCAUUGCGAUUUGAAGCCGGAAAACAUUUUGCUCAAGAACCUCGAAAGUCCCAUCAUCAAGAUCAUCGAUUUUGGAUCAGCCUGUGAUGAACGUCAAACAGUAUACACAUACAUCCAGUCGAGGUUUUACAGAUCCCCCGAGGUAUUACUUGGCUUGCCAUAUUCAUCAGCUAUCGAUAUGUGGUCAUUAGGCUGUAUUGUUGUUGAAUUGUUCUUGGGUCUCCCUCUGUUUCCAGGAUCCUCCGAAUACAAUCAAGUUUCCCGAAUAGUGGAGAUGUUGGGAAACCCACCAAACUGGAUGCUUGAGAUGGGAAAGCAAUCCGGAGACUUCUUCGAGAAGAGGCACGAUGUAGAUGAUUAUGGCAGAAGAACAUACCAUCUCAAAUCUAUGGAGCAGUAUUCUCGCGAGCAUGGAUCAAAGGAGCAACCAAGUAAAAAAUACUUCCAAGCUACCACCCUCCCGGAGAUUAUUCGUUCUUAUGCGAUGCCACGGAAGAAUAUGAAGCCAAACGAAAUAGAGCGAGAAAUGAACAACAGAGUUGCUUUCAUCGACUUUGUACGUGGUUUACUCAACAUCAAUCCUUUGGAGCGCUGGUCUCCACAACAGGCCAAGCUACAUCCAUUCAUCACUCAACAAAAGUUCACCGGUCCAUUCGUUCCACCAAUGAAUCUCAAGUCGAGUGCUAUAAAUAGAUCUCCUGCCCCCGGAACGACACAGCAGCAGCAGGCUGAAGCAUUGAGUAAGCAGCGAGCCCAGGCAGCUCAAGCUCAAGCCCAUUCCCAGGCUCAGUCUGCAGCUCAUGCUUCAUACAAUACCGGUGUCCCGGUUAAUUCAUAUGGCCAAGUGCCACCAAACCAACAGCACCCGCCGAUGUACAACAAUAACAACAUGUACACUCCAAACUCCAACCAUCAGGCUCCUCACCAGGCUCCUCAUCAAGCACCUCAUCAGGCUCCUCACCAAGCCGCCCCACCUCCAUACCCCACGCAACAAGGGUAUAACCAAAUGGGAAUGAUGGGGCAACCACCAACACAGAUGCCACCAGCGCAAUAUGGAGCUGGUCCUUCACAGCAACAGCCAAGUCUCUAUCAGCAGGCUACUGUGAGGUCUGGAAGGCAACGUGCUUCGACAAUGGAAGUUCAACAGGGAGGUAUUCCUGUGACGAUACAAAGAGUUGCUAGUCAUCUUGACCCUAGUCAACCUAUUCGUUUACAGCCAAGUCCUGCGUAUUAUCCACCUCCACCUGAUGGAGUUCCUGAUGGAAAUCCUGGUAGUGCGCGAAGAAGGGGGAGCAGAGCUGCUCAGGGUGGACAAGCACCUACCAGAAAUCGAGAUUUUAUCCGAAAUCUAGAAGAUCGAACAUUGGAGGAAGGAUUCAUGGGACAGAGCCAAUGGCACUGAGCUCCACGACCUUAAAAUUUGUAGGACGAGUAGAAUGAUCGAGGACCAGCGACAGCGAAUCACGCUAAACUUAUAAUCUAGAAAUGCCAACUGCAGUUUGGAAGCUAGUGUUCAUAUUAUUCUUCGCGCAUUAUAUGAUGGGCGUGUGUUGUCAUAGGGAUCGGGAAAAAUUUGAAUCAUGAUACCCAACGGCGGGGCCUUUCUACGAAUAUCACUCUAGGGCGGAGACUAUAGGUUGCUACGUAGUGAUGAGUUCUGCAACGAGAUGAGAAGGGCAUAAUUGGAAUGAAGGGAUGAAAUUAUAGGGAAAUGAACUAGCGAGGAUGCUUUAAAACGUCUUCGGAAAUUAUUAGGGGAGGGAGAAUGUGCGCGGUCUUUUGCUAGUAUGAGAGUUGCACUUCAGAAUUCGAUUCAUGUAAGCUAUUAGUUAUUGCAUGGAUGGAUGGAUUCAAUCAGUUAAAGAUGAGACAGAGCUAGGUGAAAAUGCAAUGGGGAGAAUAUAAAAGAGCGCAAUACGCCGGGGUUUCUCAGUUUGAUGGCUCUGGAAAUGUGCUUGUGAUGGAUGUAAUCUCCUCUGGAUGUGUUCACGGGUGCUAACGAUGAACGACUGGACACUAGUGUGUUUUGGUCUUUGACUAAUGGCUGGGUUGAAUCUACACUCAUACUCCCGCAAGAUGGGGAGGGUAACAUUACACAACUCAAACUUCAAUUCAUCAGUCAAUUAAUAAGCCUUGAACAGUGUCGCUGAGAUAUGUUCUGAUUGAGCUCUAGACACGUGGGUGCUAGUUACGCUGUGUAUGUACAAAAUAUACAAAUUCUAUCCUUUCACCAACUCCCCUUUAAAUCCUCAAUCUAUCGCUCGACCCAACACCAACAUCAAGCAUCUUUGAUAAUCUACAUACCCCAAACUCUCAACCCCAGUCCCCGAACCCAUACAUAAUCCACAACCUCCUAAUCCACCAAUUCCCCCACCACCUUCAAAAUCUCCAUCUCUCCCGCUUCCUUGCGUUCCUCCUCCCACUUUCCAUAAGCAUCCCACCACCACCCAUGCGUUACC